CUCCUGCUGUCAGAGGACGAGGACACACGAGGCUCAAACACAGAUUUAACAACAACAGAGGAAAAUACAACUCCAGAGUCAUUACUUAAAGAAGACAAAGAGGCUUUUUUACACCCAGGAAGUCGUCUGUAGAUGAGCCGGUGUGGGGAGGGGGCGAGCGACAUACACAAACACAGAGAGAGAGAGAGAGAGAGCGAGAGAGAGAGAGCAGCUGGAGGCGACAGAGAGCUUCAGUGGUGAAGAGAGAGAGAGAGAGAGAGAGAGAGGAGGCAGCAGGACGGAGCAUGAAGGAGCUGCCGAGUUUCUGUUUCUGAAGACGAAAACAUAAACCGGUUGCGAUGGGAAACACAGACAGCCACAGCAGCUUCGUCCUUCCAGCCAAGUCCUCCUGCUCGCUCAGGUUCCCCUCCAGGAAGGAGGAGGCGGCGUCAGCCCGCAGCUGGUGGAGGAGCAGCCAGGGGGGCUGCAGGAGCCGGGGGAGGGGCCACCUCAGUCAACACACCGCUGGCCCGCCGUACACCUCCUGGCAUUAUGAACACGCAGCCAGAGGAGGCUCCAAGCUGAAGGCCGGUUCUCCACAGAGGUACAUCAGAGGCGAGCGAGCGCAGGCCGCCUGCAGGAACCAGUUUGGAUUCUUGGAAAGCGGCGGGGGGAGGAUCGGUGGCGAGCGGACAUCGGUGUGCGCCUCUCUGGAGAGCGACGGCAGCCCCAAAGUGCUGCUCAGCAAAGACGGCAGCAUGAGGGUGGAGUUCACCAACACCAGGGUGGUACCGGUGGAGCCGCAGGUGCUGCCCGUCCUCCCCGCCAUCGCCUCCGCCACAGCCGCCACCCCAGUCGCCGAGCCCUCCCUCCGCACCAGCAAGGGCAGCUCGCUCAGCUCCGAGGGCUCCUGGUACGACUCGCCGUGGGGGAACGGCGGCGAGCUGUCCGACAACGUGUUCGCCUGCAGGCAGAGCGUGGAUAACAGCAGCGGAUACACCACCUACUCCUCCACCCGCACAGAGGAGACCGGCGCCAGCAGCGGCUACAACACUUUCUUCUCCGCGCAGGUGGAGGAUAUUUCACCUGGAUUCAACUCCAGCCUCCUCUUCCCCGCCGCGGAGAGCAGCGAGUUCACGGCCGCCGCAGGUUACAACACCUGCUCCUCCGGGCGAACAGAGGACAGCGGGAUCGGAGACUCGGUGAUCCUCCAGACUGACCUGAGAGACUUCAACCUGGCGUCACCUUCCUCAGCGUCACUGGAUAACGUUUACACGCUGCCCGCCUUCCCCACGACAUCAGACGCCUCCCUGCAGCAGAGGACCGCCUCCAUCUCCUCGGCGCUGCUGGAUGACGUCAUCCAGGAGGAGGAGGGGUCAGGAGGAGGCGUGGAGCAGCGAUACUCCUCCCACACGCUGCCCUGCCGCCGGGCGGAGUCUGCCAGCGCCGCCGCCACCCCAGUGAGCCGCAAAGACUUCCUGAAGAGCCGAAUCAGACGGCUGAGCGACUGGACUGGAAGUCUGAGCCGGAAGAAGAGACGGAUCCAGGAGCCUUAUGGUAGUGAAGUCGGUGAUGUCUUUAUGAAUGGACUGGACUCCGGCACGCUGUGGUCCUCCAACCCUCUCCACAUCCUAAACCUGCACCAGAACCAGUUCCCACCGGUCCACUGCGGCUCCUCCAGGAGCCUGAACCAGAACCAGAGCAGCGACGCCCAGCGGCAGAACGUCUACGAAAACUUCAUGCAGGAGCUGGAGACGGGCUGCAGCCGGACCGAACCGUCAGAGGAGGACGGAGAGGAGGAGGAGAACGAUGUGGAGGAAGAGGAGGGGGAUGAGGAGAUGGACGGGGAAGUGGAGGUCGGAGGUGGGGAGCAGCUGGAUGUCCUGUUAGAGAAGGAGCAGGGCGUGGUGCGACGGGCCGGCUGGCUCUCCUUUAAAGCUCUCAUCACUGUCAGCAAGGACAGGAAGCUGGAGCUGGUGGCCCGUCGCAAGUGGAGGCACUACUGGGUCACACUGAAAGGUUGCUCUCUGCUGUUUUACGAGACGUACGGGAAGAGCGGCGGCGCUGAGCAGGAGCUUUCGCCUCGCUACGCUCUGCUGGCCGACGACAGCAUCGUCCAGGCCGUCCCCGAACACCCCAAGAAGGAACACGUCUUCUGCCUGAGCAACUCGUACGGAGACGUCUACCUUUUCCAGGCCACCAGCCAGACGGAUUUAGAGAACUGGGUGACGGCGAUCCACUCGGCGAGCGCCUCGCUGCUGGCCAGGCGUCAGGGGAAGGAGGACACGCUGCGUCUCCUGCGCUGCCAGAGCCGCUCGCUGCUGCACAAGAUCGACAUGGACGGGAAGAUGAAGAAGAUGGCCGAGCUGCAGCUGUCCGUCAUCAAGGAGCAGAAGAACAGGAAGGCGGUGGAGAGUCAGAUCCAGCAGUGGGAGCAGAACCUGGAGAAACUGAACCUGGAUCUGUUCCGGCUGCGGUGUUACCUGUCCAGCCUGCAGGGCAGCGAGCUCCCGAACCCCAAGAGCCUCCUCGCCGUGGCCAGCCGGCCCUCCAAGAGCAUGCUGGGACGGCUGGGAGUCUUCUCGGUGUCCUCCUUCCACGCUCUGGUGUGCAGUCGAGACGAGGCGACCCUGCGGCGGCGGCGUCUGUCAGGUGGAAACCUGAGGAGGCGGGGCCUGCUGUCCUCUCUGAAGACUCUGGACGGACUGAACAGACGCUGCAGGGAUGGCAGACACUCUGCGUCUCAGGAUUUCAAGAGUCAAACCGUCACCUUGUCUGCUCACCACACCGCCGUCUGCAGCUCUGAGAGACUGGACUGUGUGUCCAAACAGAGGGAGGCGGCGCCUCCUGCAGGCCGUCCUGCAGCCCUGCAGGUGUGUGAUGAGCAGCAGCUUUCAGCCGGUUGUAUUUUCACUCUGAACGUCUGUCGGCCCGACGCCGUGAAGGACUUUGGGUUUGCGGUGACGGGUCAUGUGGACGGAGCCGGGAAAAGUCACAUCUACGUCAGCGAGGUCAACCCGCUGGGUCUGUCCGCCAGAGAAGGCCUCAGGGCAGGAGACGAGAUCCUGACCGUUAACGGGGCCGCCGUAUCCGGACUGGACCUGGAUCUGAUGCAGAGUCUCUUCAGCCACCAGAAGCUCCAGCUGCUGCUCAGGAGAGAGGAGUCACAUGACCACGAGGAGCCCGCUGACCCCGCUGACCCCUGCCAGCAGUCGCCUCCUCCUCCUCCUCCUCCUCCUCCUCCUCCUCCCGGCCUCCAGGUCUGGACCACAGCUUCUUCAUCUCCCGAUGACGGCGUCCUGCCUCCUGUUUUUGACGAUGCUUCGACGUCUGAGCACACCGAACCGCCAGGACAGAACAUGGAGCGGGUGUACUCGCUGUACCAAACCUUCCCAGAAGGCCGAGCGGCGGAGGCCGACGUUCCCAGGAACCCGUACGUCAGAGAGGGGGGGCUGCAGCCCACAAGCCCCGCCCACCUGAGUGUGUGUCAGCGUCUGCGUAAAGUCAUCGAGGAGCUGGUGGACACGGAGAAGUCCUACGUCAAGGAUCUGGUCUGUCUGUUUGACAUCUACCUGACGCCGCUGCAGACGGAGACCUUCCUCAGUAAAGACGAGAUGGAGGCGUUGUUCGGCAGCCUGCCGGAGAUGUUGGACUUCCAGAGAGUUUUCCUCCAAACGUUGGAGGAGAGAAUCGCUUCCUGUCCGAACUUCAGCAGCCUGGAGACGCCCGAACAGUUCAAGAAACUGCUCUUCUCGUUGGGAGGAUCUUUUCUCUACUACGCCGACCACUUCAAGCUCUACAGCGGCUUCUGUGCCAACCACAUCAAAGUGCAGAAAGUUCUGGAGAGAGCGAAGACGGACGGAGCCUUCAAACAGUUCCUGGAGGCCAGAAAUCCGACCAAUCAGCACUCGUCUACGCUGGAGUCGUACCUGAUCAAACCUGUCCAGAGAGUCCUGAAGUACCCGCUGCUGCUCAGAGAGCUGGUGUCCCUGACCGACCCCGAGAGCCCCGAACACACACACCUGACAGAGGCUCUGAGAGCGAUGGAGAAGGUGGCGAGUCACAUCAACGAGAUGCAGAAAAUCUAUGAGGAUUACGGCUCCGUGUUCGACCAGCUGGCUGCAGAGCAGAGCGGACCUGACAAACAGGUGACAGAGCUCUCGAUGGGGGAGUUCCUGGUCCAUUCGUCGGUGGUCUGGUUGAACCCGCUGCCGUGUCUGGGCCGUCUGAGGAAAGAACCGGAGCUCACGCUGUUCGUGUUUAAGCGAGCCGUCAUCCUGGUUUAUCGAGAGAACAGCAAACUGAAGAAGAGGAUGACCGGCUCCCGCUCAGCUGAUCUGGACCCCUUCAGGUUCCGCUGGUUAAUCCCAGUGUCAGCGGUGCAGGUCAGACCGGCCAACAUCACAGGCUCGGAGCAGCCGUGUGUGUGGGAGCUGGUUCACUGCCGGUCAGAGGUGGAGGGACGGCCGGAGACGGUGUUCCAGCUGUGCAGCAGUGGUUUGGAGACGAAGGCCGGCGUGCUGCGAGUCCUGCGCUCCCUCCUCAGAGACCGAGCGCCCGCCGGCUCCCUGAGGAGGACCAAGCUAUCCACAGCUGAGCGAGGCGGCUCCUGGAGGAGGAGGCAGCAGCGCAGUCGCUCCGACACCCAGAGGACUCCUCAUCGUCAGCCGGACGAGAGCUGCAGGUUGAUCCUGGGAGACACCUGCUCGGAGCCGCUGUUGCCCAGCCACGCCGCCUCCUCUGCGGGGAAGAGGAGCCGGCUCUGCUCCCUGACCAGCGACCUGGAGGCUCAGCUGCAGCGGCUGAACUUCAGCGAGGAGGACGCGGAGCACAGAGAUGACGAGAAGAGACGGAGCUCCGGAAGAGAGCAGCUGGACCUCAGCAGCCUGCUGGAAAGAGACUUCAGCGUCCAGAGCAUGACGUCGAUCAUCAACGAGGACUGUUUCUACGACGCCAUGCUGGGAAUCCAGAAGACUGCUGUUCCUACGCUACAGGGCUAAAGCUAACAUGCUAACAUGGAGAAGAUUCUCUGCAGGCUUUAAAGGAUCAGUGUGUAAGAUUUAGAGGGAUUUAUUGGUAGAAAUGGAAUAUAAUAUUCAUAAGUAUGUUUUAA